AUGGGAGUUUAUUGCGUCAUCCAAUCAUCCGGAUCAACACUUAGUGCCACCGGAGCACUUGCGGCGAAUGGCCUGACUGUAACCCGAACUGCAACAUGGCCGAUUGCUUUGGUCGUUUUCAGUCCCACAGCAACUCCGUCUCUGAAGACUAUUGCUGCCAAUUUCGGAAACCAGUCAUCAUUCACGCCCGGACUGAAUAUCCUUUUGACGCGCGUGAUCACUAUCCAGAGCUCACCGUCCAACUAUAGUCUUAGUUUUUCUACACCUCAACUACCAUCGAGUCUUGCAUUUUGCACUCCUAGACACUCAACCCAUGAUCCCUACAUCGGAUUGUCCACCUCAACCAGUUUACCGCAAUCAAAUUCCCUGACAUUGCAGUUGGCAAAUAUAUUCUAUGAAGAUACUACUCCGAUCAAUUCCAUUCCAGCGCCUGAGGGGCUUCAUCAUGUCAAUUAUUUAAUUCCUGUUGUCAGUACAGGUUCAGUGGCAACAACAGCAACCGUACUGGUAACUUUAAAUCAGAAUGGCAAUUGGUUUAACAGAACAGAAACUUUUGUUAUUCAGGCAUCAUUGGCCACCACUCCAGCUCAGUGGAACUUUCUGGCCCAACGCGUGGAUUUGUUCGAUUUCACUCCGUUUAUUCAACAAGGAAGCAAUAGUGUUUUGGGUCCUGGACAGGUUGCUCGUUUCACCUAUGUGCUACGCAUCACAGACAGGCGAUGCUCCUCGUAUGUUUUGGCGGUCACUCAAACACCGGACAAUUUGUGGCCCACAAAUGUGGGCAAUUUAUUUGCCCCAGCAAUCCAGCUUCAAGGCCCUCCCGAUCUUGCGGCUUUAUCGGCGAUUCCCAUGAACUUCACACUAACCAUUGAUACACCCGGAGCCGGUCAGUAUCCAAACACAGUACUAGAGAUUGUUUUCGGGACGUUGGUUGAUCCCAGCUUCACCCAGUGCACAGUCGUCAAGGGUGACUUUACGUUCGGAUUCAAUUUGUUCGAAAUGGAGAACGAACCAUUCUUUCCAAACAUCUCCACGGUCAGUAUUGUGCGUUUUUACUUGGGAACUGUUGUGAACACGGGAGCAACACAAUCCGUGCAAACCACAACAGCAAUCGCCAAUUCCGAUCAAAUCAAUGCCACAAUCACCGUCCUCAUUUAUUCGAAUACCGAUACCUCUGUUCCAAUCAGGGCGAUUCUGUCGAUGGCUGGUGGCACAUAUGACACGACAGCCCAGAUAUUGGUCAAAACGUAUGGAACACCAAAUGUCAACGUGACUUCAGCGAUCGCUGUGGGUUCGAAUACGGUUCAGCUAGUUUAUCCAGGAGACACAUUCAAUCUCACCAUAAACAUGACUGUGGCAGCGGGUUCUUCAAAGGCGUGCGUCACACGUAGACUGAUGGUCUAUCGAUUCGUGUACAUGGAUGCGGUUACCGUUGCCGCACAAAGUGGACUUAUGAAUCCGAUCACAUCGACCACAGACCCUUCUAAUGACUACUGCUUUGAAUACACAACCUCCGGAUUGACGUUUGGUCAGUUUGACUCGGUCACUUUUGCCGUUAAAAUCAAGGACAAUAUUGCUCUAUCGAAAAAUGCAGUUCAAGCAUCCGUCACGUUUCCUGUGGAACUGGUUUGCAUCACUGACUCUCAGUACGACCCAACUAGCCCAAAUGUGACAUCGGGAAUGCGUCGGUUUUUGACAAUGUCGUCACUUAUGCUAAUGAGUUCCUCUCAGAGCGGCGAUUGCAUGAAUGACCUAGGAAUGGCAAGUGAACUGAUGAUCAGAGAUUGCCAAAUCACUGCUUUUACAACACCACAAUCAAUGUACUCCGUGCAAGCAGGACGGUAUGGAUCCGGCAUGGGAUGGAAAUCGCCAACUCGUGGACAAAUCUUCUACCAAUUUCGUUAUAUGACUGUGCUGUUUGGAGAGAUGUUUUAUNUGGCACAACUUCGAUUCAAUCUUCUGGAUCCGACCAAUCAGAUUCGUGUCAUUCAAAUUUUCGGAACCCUUGAUGGCCGUGCUUACCAUUUGCAUGAGGAAGGUGACAUAUUUUACGAAAGUGUGGAUUCUGGAAUCUACAAUCUGGUAUCGAAAAUGCAAGCUCGAGGUUUGCGUAUUGUGCUGAAAGAACUACAGGACAAUAAUCGUGAAGCUGUCCUGGCUGUGGGUUUGUUCGGAUGUAUCCAUGGUGAGGAUCUGAACACAUUUGGUCCGAUGGUGUCUCAGAUCGUCACUUACGUGCCCAGCACGAACACACUGUUCGGCAUUGGAAUGGACGGACAGAGUUUGGUGCAAAGCAAUAAUACUGGAUCCACGUGGAAUGGGAUUUCCAUAGAAGUCUAUCGUUCUGCCCUGAGCAAAUCUGUGGGAUCAGUAAAUGCGACUGUCGUGCCUUGGUUGACAAUCAACAUGCAGUUUGAUAUCAACACACACGGAGAGGAUUGUUCGGCGUAUCAAGCUGGAAACUGGAACAAAGUGUACCAGUUUGAUAUCCCGGACUCCUUGAUCGGGAAUGUAGUUGGGACACUGCACGCUACGGAUUUAGAUAAUCCGACCGUGGAAUGCGGAAAGUUGCAGUUUAUCCUACUCCAAGAAUCUACCGGUUUAAUCGUGGAUUCAGAUAGCGGAGUGCUUCGUGAUACUGCCAUCGUUUGGUUGAGAAACACAUCCACUUCGCCAAUCAACAAACACGAUGCGGCAAAACAGGAGUUUUUGGACAUCAGAUCUGGACAAGCAGGGGAACCGGAAAAACUUCGUCGCUCAAAACGACAGACUAUUGAUCCACCUUCCACCACCACAAUGACUUGGGACAAGAUUGCCGUUGUCAAUUCCUCACUGGUUUGUCCUGGGUGCUUCUGGCAAAUGAAGAUAACAACCUCUCUUCCUCCGGGGACGGUAACUCCAGUCUUUGAUUUAUACGGACCGGACAAUAACUUUACAGCGAUGGGCUAUAUCCAAGAUGUGACGUUCCAAAAUGUCGGUAGUAAAUUAAGUGCACUGAAUUGCAUGUCCAUGUUUCAACUGACUGACGGGACCGGGGUAACAUCUGCCGGUCUGAAUUGCACUGAUUUGUCAGUCAGCAACACACCCGGAGUCUCAAUGGCUGACUUUUCAUUUGAUGUUGUUUACAAGACCCUGGUCCUGAGCAACGCUACCCCGGGAACUAAUCUGACCAUCGGUGUCGGUCUGCUACUCUCAGACGUGAUGUAUGUUGGAUACAUGAAUUUGACUGUUGGUCCGCCUCAGCAACCCAGUUUUAUCAUGUCAAACUGUCCUUCAUCCACGGUAUACGUUGGCACAGUAACCAAACUGAGCUUCUCUUUAUUUGCUCCAUUCCAAUCGGGCAAUUACACGAAUCCAGGUGUUAUCCUGACCAGCACGGCGCCCACGAGUGCGAUCGACACGUACAAAUCGGGGAACACUACAAUCCGUUUGGACUUUCCACCAAACUCCGUGCAAUCAUACUAUGUGGAAGUGGAGAUGCAACAAACGGAUAUGGCUGAAUUUGGCUAUGCCAUCGUCACCCAAGUUGGAUCAACACUGACCUCAUUCGGUGUCGGUCUUAAUUUGAUCAUAGAGUAUCAACGAUCCGGAUCGACUAGUUCAAUUACCAAAGCCCGUGUCCACUUGGGAGUGAUCACCAAUCCAUAUAACACCACGACAAACUGUUCCCUCACUCUCAAUUUGGGCAUUAGAGUUCUCGGUUCAACCGUACUGACUUCUGGCAGAACCGGUCAGAUAAAAAUAACACUUUUCUGGUUCGGCGGGAAUGGGACUCAGACUGUGGUGAACUAUGUUGUCGGUGCGAAGACUGCGGUACCCAUUCUUACGGGACUGGUGGCCUACGAAAAUGCGGUAUCCGGGAGCUACAAUCUGAUGGAUCCAAUUAACGCUCGCGGUUUACGUUUAGUUCUGAAAGAACUCGAUGAUAACAAUCGCGAAGCCGUUCUUUCAGUCGGAUUAUACGGAUGUUUCGGGGCAAAAGAUAAGGACACAUUUGAUCCUUGUGAUAUGACCGAAUACAACCUGAAAUCUUUGGGUGGGUUUCUUCCAACACCUUUCACAUGGCAACCACGAACGUUUCUGCACUGGAACGGCAUCAUUUUCUUCUGUGAUUUGCAGUUUGAUUUAUCUGCCUUAAUUCGACAACGUCAACAAUGUUUCAGAAUGUCCAAUGCCAACCCGAGACAAAUAACAAGUGAGUAA